AUGUCUCAAAGAACCAUACAAAGAAUCGUGCCCGCAAUCGAACAAGCUGAGGGCGUCGGAGCCAGAGUCCGCAGAUCCAUUGGCAACAUGAGCAUGAGAAACUUCACCCCUUUCUUGAUGUUUGAUCAUUUCUCUUCCAGUGGUAAAGGCGGGUUUCCGGAACACCCUCAUUUGGGUCAGGAAACCAUCACCUUGAUGUUGAAAGGGGCAUUCGCUCAUGAGGAUUUCACCGGAUCCAGGGGUGUCUUGAGAGAAAACGAUCUCCAGUUUAUGACCGCAGGAAGAGGAACAGUCCACUCAGAAAUGCCUGUGAUUCACCCAGACGGAUCUGCCAAUGUCGGUUUGCAGCUUUGGGUUGACUUGCCUGAAAACCUCAAGGAGGUGGAGCCAAGGUAUAGAGAUUUGAAGGAAUGGGAAGUGCCUGAAGUGACUGAUCAGAAUGGCAAGGUCACAGUCAGAGUGAUUUCAGGAGAGUCCUUAGGAGUGAAGCUGGAAAAGGAUUUAGCCUACACCCCAGUGCAAUAUUACCACUACAAGAUGAAGCCCGGUUCGCUGUUCACACAGAAAGUGCCAAAGGAUUUUAAUUUCUUCUUGUACCUUUUGCUGGGCGAUAAGCUCAAGCUUAACGAUGGAUCGGUGGUAAAGCAAUACGACAAUGCCUUUUUCAACGCCGACGGCGACACCAUUCUGGGCGAAUACCCUGAAAGCAGCAAGAAGGAUGCAGAGUUUGUGCUUGUCGGUGGUCAAGUGUUGGACCAGCCAGUCGUGCAGCACGGGCCGUUUGUGGCUACAAGCAGAGAACGUAUUGUCCAGGCAUUCUCUGAUUACCAGUACGCUAGAAAUGGAUUUGAGAGAAUGAGGACGUGGAAGUCGCUCAUAUCUGGUGGCGUGAACGAAGAUAUGAUUAACAACGAAUUGGGUGGUAGCUUGGAAGCCCGUGCUGCCGAAAAGAGAAAGUAUUUGAGUCAGAAGGAUGAGCUUUAA